UCAGCUACAAGUACAAGUGGUGUGUCGCUCGAGCACUCUGUCGCCCCAAAGCCGCAACAUGAUGAUGUACGCGCAAGCGGUAGGGCUGUGCACAAUACGAUUGGUCAGAGCAAAGGACAUCAAACCCACAGGCGCACAGUGGAUGAAAUGGGCCACACUAGGCAUCAACAAAGGCAAGACAGUGCAGCCGCGGGUGGUGAUUGAGUACGGACUCACUGCAUACCGCACCAAGAGUCACAAGGGUCGCAGUCCCGCUUUCAACAAGGAAUGUCGAUUCUGGGUCAAGGACGGCGAGGAGAACUACAUCAUUCGGCUGAGUGUCUAUAACAUGGUCGGCAGAAAGAGUGCUCUUGUGGGGCGUGGCUACAUCUCCAUGAGUGACAUCUGCGACAGAGGCGGAGAGUAUGACUUUGUGGUGGAUCUGCGAGAGGAAUACGAUGUCAUGAGAGACCGCGACCACACGGCGAUGCUCAAGCAGAGCUUUGACGACCUGACAUCUCUCCACAACUCCACACGGAAGUAUAGCAUAGGGUCAUCAACACCUCGGAUGAAGACAGCGCGUAGCCACGAUGACAUUGAUACGUUGCAUUCAGAAGAUGAACUGAAUGUCAAAGACUCUGCGAGUUUUGACACUUUGAACUUCAACUCAGUGGACGACCUCAUGAACGUAGGCGAGACAGAGAAGCCUGGUGCUAAGAAGGGCACUAGCAUGGAGAUGAUGGAGAUGGAUACGGAUUUCCUGAACUCGUCAAUGGAGCAUCUGGAGGACGAGGGCAGCGCAGACGAGUACCUUACAAUCAGUGACUCGGAUGAGGCAACAGACUACAGCUGCGACUGGGGAUCAGCCAGUACAGAGGGACUGAGCGAAGACAAAGACAAAGCACGCCACAAGCAUAAAGGCCUGCGCAUACGUAAGAGCAAACCACUGACUGUGGCCACCCUGCCUCUCGGACGAGAAAGCAUCAGUGGCACCCAGGACCAAAUGACCUUCACAACACCCGACCCCUCCUUCACGGACGACUUUAUGGACAAGGCCGUUGACCUGCGCAGCCACGGCAAGCGUGGUGCGCUAGUGGGUUCAUUGGCCGUCAGAGUGAAGUUCUGUGCCAAAGACGAGGUCGAGCACUGGUUCUACCGACGCAUGCUGGAUGAGUUUGAUGAGGAUAAUGACGGAAAGCUCAGCAGCGCUGAGUCUAAGAGUGUGCUAGAGGCCAUCACCAACAUCUGUGACCUGACGCCUGACCAGCUGGAUGUCCUGUCUACGAAACUUUGCGGAUCAGACAAAGGCCCCAUCGAAGAAGACGACCUGCUGCAGUAUCUGCAGUCGCCGGAGUUUCACACCCACCCCAUGUCGUACAGCCUGUUGUCAUACCUGUCCACCAGGCCAACGGAUCUGGUAACGCUUAUCGAAGACGUUUACGAGACGGCCGGUACAAGUGAUAAGACCAGCACAGUCGGGGCCUCAGUGCUUACUAUACGCGACUGUGAGAAGCUGGCGAAGGACACAAUGGGCCUGAAAAUAUUGGACCGGUGCACUGGCCUGGUCGUCGACGAACACAUUCCCAAGUACAUCAAAAUAGGUAUGGCGACAUGGAUUACGUAUGUGAUACAUUGA